AUGGAGGAUCCGAAGCUCUCGGAGAAGGCUAGUGGCUCUCCCGUUAUGGAAGAUAGACCUGUUGAGAAGAAGCGCGACCGCAGCGAUGAGAAGGUCACACUCGACGAAGAGAAGGCUCGAGCCAUAUCGCAAAGUGAUGAUGAAUACGCUACCAAGUUCAACAAAGACGGGGAGCCUAUCAUCAAUACUGGACAUGACGUCAGUCGAUAUCUCGUCUCGAUGCGGGACGACGGAGAUGAAGCCAUCACCUUCCGUGGACUGCUGAUCGGUACCCUCUUGAACAUCCUCAACAAUAUCACCAUCAGUCUCUUCACUUUGAAGCCAACAGGGGCCGCAUUUUCGGAUGUAUUUCUGAUGCUCAUCAUCUACAUCUUCGGUAUCGUUUGGGCGAAGUGCCUUCCUCGAGGAUCUACCGUCGCGGGCAAGCCGUACAUCGGUUGGCUGGAGAAGCCGCUGCACAUUCUCAACCCGGGCGACUUUGGGCUCAAGGAGCACGUAGUGGCCUUCAUGAUCUCCACUUUGGGUUAUCUCGGUGGAAAUGCUGCAGACACGCUUGCUACCUGCCAGCUCUACUUCAACAUGCGAAUCUCGACCACCGUAGCCGUGCUCGGAAUCUUCUCCUUGACAAUCUUCGGAGUGGGACUGCUGGGCUGCCUGCAAUUCAUGAUCGUGGCUCCUUCUGAAGUCGUUUACUGGGGUCAAUUGAGCUACACUGUUACUUUCCAGGCGCUUCACUUUGACGUCAAAGAAAAUCCUCGAAGGAUCAAGAUCUUCAGUUGGUCGGUGAUCACCGCCAUGGUGUAUGAGGUAAUUCCAGCGUACAUGAUGCCCUGGCUUAACGGUCUCAGUAUCCCCUGUCUCGCUUCGAUUGGUGCUCCGGACAACAUUCGAGAGCCAUUUGGCAAGAUUUUUGGUGGUGCUCUACCCAACCAGGGAUUGGGCUACUUCUCAUUGAGUCUUGACCCGCAGUACGUCGGUAUCGGAAGUUUCGCCGGCUGGCCUAUCAAGUAUCUCGUGCAAUACUUCGCUGGAGCCAUCAUUGGCAGUUUCUUCCUGUUGGCCUUCUACUACACCAAUGCUUGGGAAGCCAAAUCCUAUCCAUGGAUGGCUGCGACACUCUUUCAAGGCAAUGGCUCCCUCUACGACAACAGCGUGGUCUUCGAUGAGAAUUAUGCACUCGACGAAGCUGCUCUGGCUACCUAUGGCCUACCACACAUGUCCGUUUCGCAAGUGUGGAGCUUCAUGACGACCGCUUUGGCGUUAGGUGCUCUGAUUACCCAUGUCUUCAUCUUCUUGACCAAAGAGGUCAAGGAGGACUACAAGCGUGCAAAGGCUGGUACACUCGAUGAUCCUCACUGGCAGGCUAUGCAGAAGUACAAGCCCGUGCCCAACUGGUUCUACAUUGGUACUUUUGUCCUCUCGAUUCCCGCUGCAUUCAUCACCAUCACCAAGGGUAAUACUACUCUUCCUUGGUGGGGUCUGAUCGUUGCCUUCAUCUUCGGCGUGAUCAUGACUCCGAUUUCGCUUGCCAUCUACGGAAGGUACGGAUCGGGUGUAUCGACUAUGAUGGCUUCCAAGACAAUCGCCGGAGCUAUCCAUCCAGGACGACCCGUUGCCAACCUUUGGUUCAACCAGUAUGCGCACCAAGUCGUGGACUGCUGUGCGUCUCUCGCAGGGAAUCUGAAGAUGGGCCAAUACCUCAAGAUCCCGCCCCGUACCAACACCUUUGUACAGGUAUACGGCGCUCUCCUCGGCGGCUACGUACAAUGGUACAUGGUAACAGGCCUGAUCGACGACCAUCGAGAGAUCCUGCUUGAUCCUCAAGGAGACCGACUGUGGUACGGUGGAUACUAUCAGGAUCUCAAUGCACAGGCAGUGCAGUGGUCGCUGGCAUCUAAGGUCUUCGCGUUCAACACGGGCCUUCACUAUGAGUGGAUCCCGAUGUCUUUCUUGAUCGGCGCCUGUAUCCCACCCCUCCACUGGCUGGCGAAGAAGUAUAUCAAGGUCAUCAGAGACGCAGGGGACCUCAUUACGACGCCCAUCUUCAUGGACAACCUGUCUGUCCUCGGAGGUGGCAUCAAUUCUUCCUUUACGUCGUCAAUCCUCGUCGCCGUCUUCUGUCAGAUUUGGCUGCGUACGCGACACCCAAGAAUCUACAUUGACCUCAACUAUCUGGUCGGUGCGGCAAUCGAUGGAGGUGUCGCUAUCUGCCUCUUCAUCCUCUCCUUCGCGGCUUUUGGCGCUGCGAACGGCAACAGCCAUCUCUUCCCCACUUGGUUCGGCAACCCCGAGUCCGGUGAAUCUCCAGACCAUUGCUACAUGCCUGCCUAUGAUGGUUGAUGGGGGUGAGCUCUUCAAGCAGGCUUCCGCUGGCUGGGUACAGAGUAUCGUGGCCAUUUCCUCUGUCGCUAGCUCGCGCAUGUGAUCAUCGAAUCGAAUCUAGUUGAAUCUGCACAAGGGAUCGUCUGAUCUCUAUGUGUCUGUUGUCGGGGGCUUAGGGCGGCUUCGGGUGCCUGGAAUGUGACUAACACCGUGUGGGAGAGUUGACCCCUCCGGCAGCUCAAGUCAUCAUCGCGCCAUCGGUCAUGAAGACGAUGAGCCGCAGUAGUCGAUUCUUGCCUCUUGGCAGCGAAUUGCAGUGCAAAGGCCAGG